GAGUGGGUGGAUGUGUCGCAGAUUUUAAAACUCGGUGAAAGCGGAGGGGAGCUCGCGCGCUCCACCGAAAAUGCUAGCAAUGGAAGAAGUGCGGGGAUAAGCGCUGCGCACCGGGACGCUCGAGCUUCCGCACAGCAAAAUAAAGUGAAACCGAGGGACGCGCGAGACGGUUAGAGCACUUAAACACUGAAUUAAAUAAGUGAAAGUGUGUGUGAAGGGGUGAGAUGGAGCUGUCAUCCAUCGGAGAGCAAGUGUUCGCUGUGGAGUCCAUCACCAAGAAGAGAGUGAGAAAGGGAAAUGUGGAGUAUCUCCUGAAGUGGCAGGGGUGGCCUCCUAAGUACAGUACGUGGGAGCCAGAGGAUAACAUCCUGGACCCUCGGCUUGUUCUCGCCUUUGAGGAGAAGGAGGAGCGGGAUAGAGCGCAGGCUCACAGGAGGAAAGGCCUGAGGCCCCGCAGACUCGUCUUACGGAACAUCUACACCAUGGAGCUUCGAAGUGCUCAGAAGACUUCAGAGAAAGCCACUCCCCGAUUCCGCCUGUCACUUGCCCGCUCCGUAGGGGCGGCGCUACAACACAAUGGGCGGCGCUGCAGGAACGGUGAGGGUGGAGUCUACCACCACCGCCUUUUGAAGCGCAGGAGCAGGCAGUGUGUGUCCAAACGGUUGGAAAUUGCAGGAUCGCCACGGCAACGAACAGCGAGCAUUGAGAAAGACGCAGCGGAGGAGGAGGGGGAAGAGUGGGAGGAAGAGGAGGAGCAGCAGGAGAAGAAAAGGAGGAAGGCAGAAAAAGAGGAACAUCAUGACAUUCCACACGCCCAGGAGAUGACAGAAGACCACGCCCCCUCAACACAGGAAGAUGUCAUCACAAACGGAAAACCAGAACACUGCGCUUCCUCCUCUGACCACGAGGCGGAGCCUUCCAGCACUGAGACCGCUUCGGCCGCAACAGCAACGGAGCAGUCAGCGAGCACUACUACCACAGACACUUCAGGGGGUGGAGUCUCCCAAGAUCAACCUAUGACUGACAAAUUGCUGAAAAGCAGCUCAGGAGCAGGUGUGAUCACAGACAGGGUCCAAAAUCGAGCCUCGGUGAUAACGGUGCGGCAUUUGAUUGACAGGUUUGCGCAGGACGAGGAGAGAGAGACAGGUGAGACAGACAGCAAAGCCAAGAGACAGACAGACAAGGACGAGGUCACGGCCGAAUGCACCACGACCCUGCAGGUCAAAACGAACGAGUCUCAAGCACCUGAAAGCACACAGCAUCCUGGGAAGGUGAUCGUGACUAACGUGACGAUUAACUCGCUGACGGUGACGUUUAAAGAGGCGGUGACGGCAGAAGGGUUUUUCAGUGGCUGCGGGCUGCAGGUCUGAAGGUUGAGGAGGAAACAGGAAACACACUUACAACCAAAAGUACUUCCUGUCAAAUUGCUAAUGUGGCUAGCGAUCAAAGAUGACUUAGCAAACCAAUCUGAGUAACGCAUGCUAGCUGGAAGUCGUUAGAAACGUUAGCAUUUGAGGUGAAGUACGCCUUAUUGAUACAAGAGAGGGAUUACAGGACCAGCCAAUGUGUCGAUGUAGUGAAGCCUUUCGCUGUAUUUGCUUUACAGAUACUCAUCUGUUGUUUAAAAAAGGGUUACAUUUCCGUCUCCGUCCUUUUGUUUUAGUGAAAAUGUGAACCGUAGUGGAAGGAUUUCCAUGUUGCUGACAGUGAUGCCUUUAAAUGCACGCAAAAAUCGAACGCCGUUUCCACUUAACGCAUCGUUGGUGUUAACCGUUCCAGUAACAUAAAAGAAAAAAAUAUAUAUAUAUGAAGACGUAUACAAAUUUAGUGCAAGUUUUUGUUUCAGAGACAACAAUGACCCAAUGACAUCACCACCCUGUAGUUUCUCCAGCACUGUCCCUGUCGGAGAGAGGUGAAGGUUUCGCCGGCUCGGGUUUUGCUCUGAAGUCUUGCUGCAUUUUUAACGAAUCUGUAUCGGUUCACAUUACAGAUGCCACUGCACAGGCUGUACCGACGUCUCGGCUGCAUUCACAACGCGUUGGGUAACAGUGUGCUUUAGGUGUAUCUCUAGCAUGCGACAAAGUCGAGCUGAACUUUACUUCAUGUGGUGAAACCGCAACCAAAAACAAGAGAGAGAGAGAGAGAGAGAGAGAAACAUGCCGUUGUACAACUUGUUCAUCGAUGGAAAGGUUACAUUUUUAUUUGUAUUUCCAAUAAACAAAGUGAUAAAAUGUG